UUUGAAGCUGCUUUUUUUCGUUUUUCGAAGAAGCAAAGGAGACCUUUCAGGAGAUCUUUCUUUUCCUCUCGGAUCUGUUACGUCAGAGCAUAUAGUUGAGUGCAGUGGGAAGUUUUUCCCCUUACGCAGAGCAUCAAUACAACAGUUAUCAUUUCCAUUCUCUCUCUCUCAUCUCCUGGAAGUGCUCACCCUCGAAGUGAGUGGUUCAUCAAUUAAUUCCACCGCCGUGUAACAGUAAAGUAUAUGCGCGGUUUAGGGUUUUAGCAGGAGUCUCCAAUCACCUCGAAUGGGAGAAUCGGAAGAAGAAAGCGAAGAAGCUGUUCAGAGACGGUUGGAGGAGUCGGUGAAUGCUUCUCCCGAUGAUCCCUCUCUUCAUUUUGAACUUGGACUCUUGUUGUGGGAGAAAGGGGGAGAAUCCGAGAAGGAGAAGGCGGCGGAGCACUUCGUGAUAUCGGCCAAACUAAACCCUCAAAACGCUGCGGCUUUCAGAUUUCUUGGCCAUUACUACGCCCAUUUCUCCGUUGAUGCCAAGCGGGCUCUCAAGUGUUAUCAGAGAGCUGUCUCCCUAAACCCCGAUGAUUCACAUUCCGGAGAGUCUUUGUGUGAUUUAUUGGACAAUGAAGGAAAGGAGAGUUUGGAGGUGUCUGUGUGCAGAGACGCUUCAGAAAAGUCGCCUAAGGCUUUCUGGGCGUUUCGGAGACUGGGUUACGUGCAGCUUCAUCAAAACAAAUGGUCUGAAGCUGUACAGUGCCUUCAAUAUGCUAUUCGGGGUUAUCCUACCUGUGCUGAUUUAUGGCAAGCUCUGGGUCUUGCCUACCAGCGCUUGGGAAGGUUUACCGCUGCUAGUAAGUCUUAUGGGCGAGCCAUUGAAUUGGACAAUACAAAUGUGUUUGCAUUGGUUGAAAGUGGAAACAUAUUUUUGACGCUUAGUUCCUUUAAAGAGGGAGUUGAGCAGUUUCGGCAAGCUCUAGAGAUUUCACCUCAGAGUGUGUGUGCACAAUAUGGGCUUGCAUCUGGGCUACUUGGUUUGGCAAAGGAAUGUGUUAACUUGGGGGCAUUCAGAUGGGGAGCUUCGGUAUUAGAGGAGGCAUCUACUGUUGCAAUAGCAAGUACUCAUUUGGCUGGAAAUAUGUCAUGUAUUUGGAAGUUGCAUGGUGAUAUUCAGCUUGCAUAUGCCAAGUGUUUUCCCUGGACAGAGGAAAGCCAGGGUUUAGAACUUGAUGCGGAAGCCUUUAACACUUCCAUCCUUUCCUGGACGCGGACUUGCUGUUUCGCUGCGGGAUCUGCAAAAUGUUCUUAUCAGCGGGCUCUGCACCUGGCCCCAUGGCAAGCUAACAUUUAUUCUGAUAUUGCAAUAACUGCAGAUCUGAUAUUGUCUUUGGAUAAGUGUUCUGGGAGCAACUUAACUGUUUGGAAACUGUCGGAGAAGAUGGCUUUGGGGGCCUUGUUACUUGAGGGUGACAAUUGUGAGUUUUGGGUGGCCUUGGGAUGUCUGUCUGGCCAUAAUGCAUUGAAACAACAUGCCUUUAUCAGGGGAUUGCAAUUGGAUGUUUCUCUAGCUAUGGGUUGGGCAUACUUGGGGAAGUUUUACCGGAAAGAGGGUGCAAACCAAUUGGCAAAACAAGCAUUUGAUUGUGCUAGAAGUAUAGAUCCUUCGCUUUCAUUACCAUGGGCAGGCAUGGCAGCUGAUUUUCAUGCUAGGGGUCUUGCACCAGAUGAGGCUUUUGAGGGCUGCUUAAGAGCUGUGCAGACAUUUCCUCUUGCACAGUUCCAAAUUGGUCUUGCAAAGCUUGCUCUGUUGUCAGGACAUCUCUCAUCUUCACAGGUUUUUGGAGCUAUCAAGCAAGCUGUGCAGCAUGCACCUCACUUUCCUGAAUCACAUAAUUUACAUGGGCUGGUUUGUGAGGCACGAUUUGAUUAUCAAUCUGCUGCUGCUGCUUAUCGGUUGGCAUGCUGUGCAAUCAGCAGUGUUUCAGCUAUUGUCCCAAAUUCUCAUGCCAGAGAUAUAUCACUUAAUUUGGCAAGAUCUCUUUGUAAGGCAGGGAAUGCUCAAGAUGCUUUGCUGGAAUGUGAGAAUUUGAAGAAAGAAGGUAUGCUUGACACGGAGGGUUUGCAAAUAUAUGCUUUCUCUUUAUGGCAACUUGGCAAAUUUGACUUGACCCUUUCCGUGGUGAGAAGUCUGGCAGUGAGUAUUUCUACCAUGAAACAGACAUCUGUGGCCGCCCCAGUUGGUUUCAUAUGUAGAAUGCUAUAUUUCAUGUCUGGAGUGGAUUCAGUAAUCAGUAAUAUCCUGGAAAUGCCAAAGGAACUCUUUCAGAAUUCAGGAAUUAGUUUUAUAGUGUCUGCUAUUAAUGCUCUUGAUCAAAUUAAUCGGCUAGAGUCAGUUGUUUCAAGCAGCCGAUCAGUUCUUAGAUCUCAUGAAGAGAUCACUGGAAUGCACUUUUUGAUAGCACUUGGUAAACUCAUCAGACAUGGGACAGAGUUCUGUCUUGGAUUUCAGAGCGGAGUUGCUCAUCUUAAAAAAUGUCUUCACAAGUUCCCUAACAGUAUUUUGUUGAGGAACCUACUUGGUUAUCUUCUGCUCUCUAGUACGGAUUGGAAUGAUAGUCAUCUUGCAACUAGGUGCUGCAAUGUAGAUGCCCCAGACCUUGAUUUUGACCUUCCAAAUCAAGGUUUAAAAUCAGCGAGUGAAAUCCUUGGUGCCGGAGCAGUUGCUUGUUAUGCGAUAGGCAAUAAGAAUCCAAAGUUUUCUUUUCCAACAUGUACAUACCACUGCAUGAAUGAACCUGGAGCUAUUCAACAGCUGCAAAAAUGCUUCCAUCGAGAACCCUGGAAUCCUAAUUUUCGGUACUUGCUUGUACUCAAUCUUCUACAAAAGGCACGCGAAGAGAGAUUUCCUCAUCAUCUCUGUGUUAUACUUGAGCGGCUAAUAUCUGUGGCACUUUCCAGUGGAUUGUACUCAAAGACAGACAUGUCUUAUAGAAACUACCAGCUUUUACUCUGUGCUUCUGAGAUCAGCCUGCAAAUUGGGAAUAAAAUUAGCUGCAUCAACCAUGCCAAAACUGCUUCAGUACUUUUGCUUCCUGAUGCUUAUCUAUUCUUUUCACACUUACAAUUGUGCCGUGCCUACGCUGCUGAAGGUGAUAUUAGAAAUCUUCAGAAAGAGUAUACAAGAUGCUUGGAACUCAAGACCGAUUAUCAGAUUGGUUGGAUAUGUCUGAAAUUUAUGGAAUCACGAUAUGAUAUGGAAACUGAUUCAAACAUUUUAGAACUGAGCUUCAGAGAUUCCUCAAAAGAGAGGAAUUAUUCGUGGAAUAUGUGGAUGGCCAUAUUUAAUAUGGUGUGGGGUCUGAUUUCUAUAUGGAACCAGGAUUUCCUUUCUGCAGAAGAGUUUCUUGACCAAGCUUGUUCUUUGGCUGGUACUGAGAGCUGCUUUGUUUUCUGUCAUGGUGCUACCUGCAUGGAGCUUGCCAGGCAGUUGUGUGGUUCACAGUUCCUAUCGUUUGCUAUUAAGAGUCUCACUAAAGCUCAAGAAGCCUCUCUCGUUCCUCUGCCAAUUGUCUCCCUAUUGCUGGCUCAGGCAGAGGGAAGCCUUGGUUCUAAAGAAAAGUGGGAGAGAAACCUCCGUCUUGAGUGGUUUUCUUGGCCACCAGAAAUGAGGCCCGCAGAACUCUUCUUUCAAAUGCAUCUGCUUGCAAGACAAUCGAAAUCAGCACCGAACUCUACAUCCAACAUUGAGUUCUGUCAGAGUCCAGAGAGAUGGGUACUCCGAGCAAUUCAUACCAACCCGUCUUGUGUAAGAUAUUGGAAGGUUUUGCAGAAACUUAUAGGAUGAUGUGUAGGAGGUAGGAUAUUAAGAUUCCAACUUCAUCACUACCCUCUAAUUGAGAAUUUCUCCAUUGCUCUAUCUCCGCAAUAAAACCGUGUUGGAGAGGCGCGCUCAAGUCUAAUUCCUGUAGACCAUGUAAUCUUACCGUUUCCCAUCUCUAUAUGGAUUAGGUAUGGUACAUUUACGUUAGCAUGCUGCUGUCAAAAAAUAAGGUUUUAGUCAUUGCGGAAUGUUAGGAAUUUGUGACAUUAACUCAUUUAUUUACUCAUUUACAUUCUGUGAGC